UGCACCAGGGCCGGACGUACCAUUUGUCACUGGUCUUUUUUUUCAGUGAGUCAGCAUCCCGACACGGAGCAGUGGCGGCGCGGACGGACGGACAGCAGCACCUGCAGGAGUCUGACUCCCGCUCCUCGUCCAGACGACCUCCCGGCGAGAGAGGGAGACCGAGCCUGAGCGCGUCGGCUCGUAGUUGGCCGGCCGGAGAGCCACACCCCCUCCUCCCGCCGACUGGUGGUACGAUCCAGGAACGCUGCUGCUGAUAUAGCGGAGAGCAGCCUCAGCAGCAUCACCAUCCCGCGAACACACGUUCUCCUCAGCUGCGCCGACACGUAGCGCGCCGUCACCGGUGGAGCUGGCUCGUCCGCAUCCCCCGAGAGAGAGAGAGAGAGAGAGAGGGAGGGAGGACGGUCUGUGUGUCCCGCACUGUCGUCCCCCAUCAGCAUCCGAGAGACGAUCGGCGGCCACAGCAUCGGCAUUAGAAUCACCACCAUCAUCAUCAUCAUCAUCAUCAGGAGCAGCAGCAGCAGCAGCAGCACCGCCGCCUCUUACACACACACGCACGCACGCUCGUGCGCGCGCUCCUACAGAAGUGUCUCGUCCACGUUAUAUUUGAGCCGAGGAGCCGAGUGUGGAGACUGCUGUUCACGGGGAGGAGUGGAUCCGUGUCUGCGUCCUUUGCGGCAUUUUCUCCGGGCUGUAGGAAUGGCUCUCCGUGGUAAAGGCUCUGUGCUCUUGGCUGAAGCUGUGCUGAGUGACUAAGUGGAGCCGUUCAAGCCAUGGAGGAUAUGGACAGUAAACCCUACCAGCCACUGCCCAAAGGGCGCCAUGAGAUGGAGAUGUCCUACACCAGUUCAUCUGACGAGAGCGAGGACGGCCGCGCCCACCACCGCUCCUACACCUCGCGUGAAACCCUGCCUGACUACACCCAUGAGCUGCGCCUCACCCUGGGGUCACACCGGGAGAGACAAAACAACUACGGCCAAGCCCAGCCAGAUUUAGACUUCUGCAAAUCGGGGCAGAUGAGAAGUCCAGACUUCCACAUCCACCCGCAGCAGAACCAGCAGCAGCGGCAGGAGGAGGAGGAGGAGGUGCUUCGCUCUGGACCCGUCUCUCACGUCCACAGCCGCACCUACUCGCUGGGCGUGGGCUCCGACGUGGACACCGAGCCGGAGGUCGACCCCUCGCCCGCUCACGGCCUGCAGCACAUGUGGAUGCGAGGCCUGAAGUCGGAGCAGAGCUCCUGCCUCACCAGCCGGGCCAACUCCGCCCUGUCUCUGACCGACACCGAGCACGACCGGAAAUCCGAGCCUGACAACGAGCUGCCCAGCAGUCCAGGUGGUCAGUUUACUUUUCGCCCUCUGCCCCCGCCACCUCCGCCCCCCCAUGCUUGCACUUGUGCCCGUCCGGCGCCCUACACCCAAGUCAGCCUCCAGAGGAAGACCAUGCCGACGCGGUGCCAAACCAGCCAGGGCAGCCAGGGGGCGGACACCAGUUCCAGCACAGACCAAGCGCAGCUUCACAACAGCUGGGUGCUCAACAGCAACAUCCCCCUCGAGACCAGGUGAGGCAGCGUUGCUGUUGUCCACCGCGGACUACGGCAACUAAUCUUCUGUUUUUCUUUCCCGUGUUUUCGGUCCAAUGAUUUGUUGUUUUGAAGCAGAGAAAACUUCCAGGAAAGUAACCUCCUUUUAACACAAUGCUAUUUUAUUAAAUAGACUUCUUUAAUCUCACAAAUGAUCAUGAUUAGAUUAAAAAUGUUUUAUACGCUUCAGGACCACAGACUUGGCAGACGUUGGUUGUUUUUUUUCUUUUGUAAAACAGAGUGGAAUCAUCAAGAAUGGAUGUUGUACUCGCAACACAAUUUUGUAAGAAAGGAAAUGUUUUGCAUGCGUAGUGAGCAGUAAGUGGAACACCACACAGGCCUCUGGGGUGUUGGAGUAUUAUAGGACUCUUCAUUUUUCUUUACCUCCCCACUGCAGACAGAUUUACCAUGGGACUUGUAUCUGAGUUCAGACUCCCUAAAAUAAUAAGAAAACUCAGCAUCCUCAAAAUCCGAAACUCUCACAUUUGAAUUCUCUCCUCGGGAACGCCUUGUGAUAUCUGUUCCAAUUGUUGUACACGCUGAAAUAUUUCCGUAUGCUCAGCGGACA